GUCAGUGGAGCCGAACAUUUCAAACGGGGUAUGUUGACAGAAAACUAGCGGCUAUUCUUGUUUAUGAAACAAUUUAGAAAGUGUGUGUACGUAAACGUAACUAAUAAACUCGCCGUUGUUGUAACACACAGUGGUGGUGUGAAAUGAAAGAGAGUGUUGUGUACAACAAUGACACUAGUUGAACGUGGUGCGUGUUAUUAUCGGUGUGUGGCGUGAAGUUACCAGCAACUCUGGCGUUUAACUUUCGGAGUGUCGUGCUAGAAAUGUGCGCAUUGGGUUUAUUUUCCUUGCUUCAGCGAGAAAAUGUGGCGAGAUCGACGUGUAAAUAACUUUCAUCUUUAUGUAUUUUUGGUCUGUUCUUUCGGCUUCAGUCAUCUGGUGCAGAUGUAUCAGACAAGAUGCUGCAGAAACUCCAUCAGACAGCGUGGUCGGACGGAACAGAAAGACGCGACGGCGAGAACGCGGCAAGGCCUUCGUCAUUGUUCCGUGUUGAGAGUGUAGUCGGGGAGAUGACGACGACGUAGCGGGUGGACAGUAUGGAGCGUCGCUACUCCGUGCCCCCUUCCCCCCUCAACAUGGCGCCCGGAGUCGCGCCCCCCGCCGACGCCCAGCAGCAGGCCGGCCCCAGGUCGCACCCCGCCACCGGCCUCACCCCCUCCACCUCUGAGGACCUGCACGCCUGGUCCAUCUACAGGCAAAACCUCAAUUCAGAUUUCACUGACUCCGCCCUGGGAUCAAGCGAAAAAUCACCUCUGCCAUACGGAAACUUCCAGCUUCGAGAAUCAACCGUGCAGUCGAUAUUGAGUCACCCUCGUUAUGGACCCAAGUCGGCGCUGGGGACGAACAUGUACACGUACCUCAAGUUCGGCCUGCCGCGGGUGUUCCCGCCCUCCCGGGGGCCGCGCGACGGGUCCAGCGGCUACGACUCCAGCGACGACGGAUCCCCGUACCUGCACAGGCAGGGCAGGAACUACCUGCGCUCCCGGAGUGACCCGGACUUCCGGAACCAGCCCCUGCACAGGCCCGUCUCUCAAGCGCCGAGACCCGUGCCUCACCCGCACGUGGGCGGCCGGGGCGACGCGUGGGUGCGGGCCAAGAGCCACAGCGAGGCCAACCUCCUGUCCCAGGAGAUGUACAUGAAGCAGCAGGAGCACCGACGCAGCGUGCACGACCUGCGGGCGACCAGCUACCCCGACGUCGACCAGCCGGGGCGACGCACGUCCAAAGCUGGCUCCCAUGCUUCGCUGGCCCACGGCCGCCGCGGGCCUCACACCGUGACCAUCAGGGAGGACGGCACGAUGAACGGCAGGCUGGGUCCGGCGGCGGAGGCGGGAAUGCUGUCCCGGGAAGCCUACUACGCUCCUCUCCCGGAGCACGGCGACGGGGCAGCUGUGUUCAAGUAUCCUCACCUGCAGGUGCGGGGACUGGAAGUUGAAUCAGGGCUAAACAAAGGCCUGUUGCUCCUUCAAGGCAUUUCGUUUGAAGUCCGAGGUGGUGAAAUACUGGCUGUAAUGGCCACGACAGAGGAGGAGGGCUCGGCGCUGCUGGACGUGCUCGCGGGCAGGACGUCGCGCGCAGGCGCGGUGCGAGGGGACGUCAUGCUGAACGGCUCCUCCGUGGGGCCCGGCCAGCUGCGGGACCGCGUGGCGUGCGUGCGGGCAGACGGCCGCCUGUGCGCCGACCUCAGCGUGAGGCGGACCCUCUGCUUCCACCACCGGCUGCGGCGGGUCGACGGCGGGGCGGACCCCUCGUCGGGCAAGGUGGAGGCCCAGAGCAGGAUUGACUCGUUGAUCGAAGACCUGGGACUGGAUCAAGUCCGCAGCACCAAAGUAGCCAACUUGACGACGUCGGAAAAGCGCCGGCUGAACGUGGCUUGUCACCUGCUGCUGAACACGGACAUUGUGGUUCUGGACCAGCCUACGAGGGGAAUGGACAUCUUUGACACGUUCUUUCUGGUGGAGUUCCUGCGUCAGUGGGCUGCGAGUGGCGCCAACGCUCUUACUGGAGGUCUGACGGGAGGACGCAUAGUGAUCCUGACGUUGCACCCACCAACGUACGAGAUCUUCACGAUGCUGUCUCGAGUGGUGCUGCUCUCUGCCGGGAGGAUCAUGUUUAGCGGGAGGAGGCGUGACAUGCUGCCAUACUUCGCCAUGGUGGACUACCCCUGCCCCGCAUACAAGAACCCCUCAGACUACUACCUUGACCUGGUUACCUUGGACGACCUGUCUGCGGAAGCAAUGCUGGAAUCGAGCCAAAGAAUCGAGCAGUUGGCGGAAACUUUCCGAAGGCGUCAGGAUGCUCUCUCGGACCCAGGGCCUCCUGUGGCUCUGCCCGCCAAGAUUAAACAUGCCAACUUCUUCGUUCAAAUAUUUGCACUUUUCAUACGGGCAAUGGCCUACGCCCAGCCUAUCAGCCUGUUGCGGUGGACGACCCACGUGCUCCUGGCCGCAUCCAUGUCCCUCGCGAUCGGCGUCGUCUUCUGGGACGUGCCGCGCUCCGACCCGGGCCUGGUGCUGGGGGACCGGCCGGGGUUCCACUACGCCAUGGCGCUGGUGGGGCCGUGGCCGCUCUGGCUGCUCAUGUCCGUGGGCGAGGUUGGGCGGGAGCGCUGGCCCGUGGACCACGACGUGAGGGACAGGCUGUACGGCCGGCCGGCCUACAUCCUCGCCAAGGUCGCGUACAACCUGCCAGCCUCAGCCUGUGUGUGGUUAGCCUAUGUGAUCCCUGCGUACACAAUGUCCGGGCUGUACAUUCAGGGACCUGACUCGCAGGCAUUUUACAUUUAUUCAGGCUACAUGCUGCUGCACCUGCUGGCGGUGCAGAUGCUGCUGACGGCGUGCGGCCACGCCCUGAAGCACCGCCGCCCCGCCGCGCUGCUGGCCGGCCUGCCGCUCGCCUGCCUGUCCCUGGCGUCGGGGCUGCCCGCCCACCCGCGCGACCUGGGGCCCUGGUGCUCCUGGCUGGGCAGCGCCUCGCCCGCGCGCUGGCUGCUGCCCCCGCUGCUGCGGCGCGAGCACUCCGCCCCCGCGCUCGCCGGCGGCGGCGCCUCCCUCGUCUGCCGCAGCAAGCAGGUCCAGCACCAGGACAUCAUAGUGCAGAUGCAGUGCCCACCGCCCAACGGGACGGCGGCGUUGGAGUUCAUGGGCCUGCUGCGGGACCCCCGGGAGCCGGAGUACAUGCCGCCCGUGGCGGUGGCCGUCUUCUGGUUCCUGUGCUUCCUGGUCGCCGCCGGCAGCUUCCUGGCCUGCCGCUACCGCCCGACCCAGCCUCGCAACAACCCCAACAAGCCAUAGCAGCCAUAGCAAGUGUUUCACUACUUGCCGUUUCCUCUCUUUCACGUCGUGUUUCAUGACAGACAUGCCUGACUCAUGCUUAGAUUGCAGUACAGAGCGAGUGACACCCGCUGUUGCCAGAUCGAUACUACCUGGCUUGUUGAUACUGAAAUAAAUAUUUUGUACAAUAUUGAUAAUUAUAAUAAGUUUUAGUGUAUUUUUAAUUAAGACCAUUAAGUAGAGUCUUUUGAUUAUAUUAUUACAGUUGUAUACAUUCUGAAAGAAAGAAAAAUAAUAAAGACUAAAUACCUACCAAUUAUUAUUUCACAGGAAAAACUGUUUUUAGAUUUUGGUCACACAAGACAUAAGGCAUUCCAUUUAUUAGGUAAUAUGGUAAAACAGAACCAAAAUUUUAAAUAUCAAAAGAUAUAAAAAAUUUGAUGACAAAAUGGUUGAAACCAAGAAGGGAUUUCAGUUACAUUUCCUUAAAAGUAAGAAUUGAAUAUUUUCAGAUGAUGCCCUUGAUGAAAUUCAAGAAGAAAAUGCAUUUCCAAAAUCCUCAUUGAAAAUUUUCUUUUUAAAAAUAUUUUUCAUUUAUGACGUUGUGUGUACAACUUUUUAAUGCUCAUUGGGUACAUUGUCAGUAGAGCACACUGAAACAAGGACAGCUGUAAUAGCAGAUAUAGUGCAUUGGAAAGAUAAAGUAAAUGCCUAUUUGAUUGCACACUGCAGUCUAAGGAUGAGACAUGCUAUAGUGUUCAACCUACAGGAGACAUUUAUUUUUCUGCAGCUAUCUUUGCUGGAUAUCUGGCCAUUGGUAUAACCUAGCCCUGGAAGCCACAGAGAAAGAAAGAAAGUAACUUAAAGAUUUGGCGGGAAAAAAAAGACUGCUAGCUGGUAGCUGUAUGACUAUGGCUCUUAGAAAGCGAGCAUCUGACUUCUGUGUUGUUUUGUUUGAAUCAGCAGCCAUUCUCAACAAGAUACCUGCCAUCAACUACGAGUCAUCAAUUACGUCAAUUGUAUGUGCUUUGAUUUCUUCUUAUUUUUACACUACAAUUACCAUGGGUGGAGCCUUGGUGGCAGUGCACUAAACACUCCCUCAGAACAUCCAGAUUCCUGCCACCCCAGUGAUGUGCCAGAUGCACGGUGGAUCGGAGCCCAAACUGUGACGUGUGGGAAACUUGGCGUGUCGCUAAUGGAUGAGAACGUCUUUUCAUGCAAAUUUAAGAAUGAUUGGUAAAUACAGACCUUGCCAGAAGUCCGUCCGUGUGUGGAUAUUACCACCAUCGUACAGUGCACACAAUGUACACUACUAGUUUUACUGAUUGGGUACGAAGAGUAGAAUGAUUGAUCUCUUAAAGAAACCAGUCAAUGACAUAACACUUCCACAGGAAUGACUGGAAUGAGUCAUGCCGUUUUACCAAUAAAUGUGCAAUACGCUGUCAGUAAACGACGUUCUUGAUGCAGUGAUUGUGCUGAGUGAAACUGUGUUGUUGUGUAGGUUUCUCCAUUUAGGUCCAUCAAAAACAUUUUUUCAAAUUGAACUUCAAGCAAAUUAUAUCGUUUCAAGAUUACUUGUGGUUUGUUUAGUUAGAGACAUGUUUUUCUAUGCUUAAGAGUUUAUUCGGAUUUUAUAUGUAAUUUUAAAUUAUUUUGUUAAUGUUUUUGGAGCAAUGAGAAAGUAGCCAGAGCCAUUCAGAAAACCUAAGAGCCCAGGAGCAAAUAGAAUUGUCGGGCUCCCUCCCUUUUAUUUAAUGUACAAUUUUUAAUAUCUCACAAUUAAAAAAAAACUUCUAAAGGCUAAACAUUUCCGUGGCCAUAACUGUAAAUGCAGUCUGGAAAAAUUGCAUAUCUUGGAAUUUUCCAAUUAAUUUUUUAUUAAUAAUAGAAUUGAAAUUUUUGGGCUACUGUUAAAGCAAACACAAAACAUAAUACAUAUUAUGUAACUCAACCACCCUUUUCUCCUCUUGGUGCUCGGGCCCCGAGGGUUUUGCCCUUCCCCCUCCACCGUACUUCUUCUCUGCCCAUUAUCUUGAUGGCCCUGGAGUAUACAUAUUAUAUUCCAAAAAGUAUUUUGCAUUUGUUUAACUGACUUCAAAAACAUGUUCAUUCACAAAAGUUUGUACCAUUCCAUUAUGUCAAAAUCAAAAAUUUUUUAUGGCAGUUUUUUGUUUUUCAUGAAAGUAAUUUUUUAGUCAGCAAUAUUGUUUGAAUAGAAAAAAAUAUUCAAAGUGACAAAGUGAUUCACAAAGAUGCUAUGUCUGUUCCUGAAGUAGUAUGGAUUAAUUUUAGGUAGUUUAGUACACCUUAGUUGUCAUUCAAAAUGGAUACAGUUUAAACCAAAUGUUCAGUGUUACUUUUCCCUUACAAAUUUACAAACAUCCUUAUUUAGGUAGUACAUAUUUCAUGGUUGUGUUUAUAACUUAUAUUAAUAUUGGCAUUGACAUUAAUAUUGACAUCACACAGAUAUUAUUAUAAAAGCAGGUUUUAACCUAUUGUUGAGCUCUUACUUGUAUUUGCUAAUUUUAUAACAGUAUAGAGUGCUAGAAGGCAUUACUUGAAGAUAAGAACAAGUCUGCUGUAUGCUAGCCAAAAGUGAUGUUAUAAAGGUAAUGUUUUUAGUGUUGGUGCUUGUGAUUAUCAUUUUAUAGUAAACAUAUUUAGAUUUUUGCUGUUGAAAAAGUACUAAUUCUCUCUGUGUGUGAACUGACUUUUGAAACCUUGUGAAGAAGGAUACUAGUCAAUGCUGAAGGGCCCCAUGCACUUGCAGUUUUGACUGAAGGUUGCACAAAAAGGCAGAACAAAGACAGGUCUUCCUGGUCCGGGUCCCCAUCAAAACAAUCAGUUUGGACUGGUGAGUUAAUGUGAAUUUCAGUUUGCCGUGCAAUACGAUCGAAUGUAGUGUACAAGGGGGAAACCCAAAGAUAACCAGAAUCGUAACUUGUAGCACCAGUUUUCGCUGCUAGCGAGAUGUUGUAGCACCUCUCCUCAGUCAGUCUACCGAGUGGCAUAACCCGAAAAUGACGAGUGUGGUUUCUCUGGCAAAGCUGUGUGUGUGUCUUUAGUGCACUCGUGAGACAAAAAAAAUGCCUGAUUCUCACGAACAACGUGCGGCUGUGAAUUUUCCACUGCGUUCUUGCUGAGUAAAAAAAAGGGGGCACUUUUUUGGUGUUACAAGUGAACUGAAGAAACAAACACAGAACUGCCAUAGAAACCACACUCGUUGUUUUCAGGUGACGCCACUUGGCAGACUGACUCGGGAAAGGUCCUACAAUUAUUCCUUAGCGACAAAAACUGGUGCUGCAAGUACAUGUGCAACAUUACAAUUUUGAUUAUUUUUGAGUUCCCCCAUUGUACAUGUUUUCAUGCUAUGAUUUAUUCUGUCUUUACUGUUUCAAUAAGUUUUUAUAAUGCAUAUUCCUACGAUAGUGAUAAUAUUUACUUUUUUUUUCCACAAUGAAGUGUGAUUUCUGAAAUCCUCUAUGAAAUCUGGUAAAAUAAUCUUUUGGCAAUCUUGCCAUAUCACAUUUCCUCUGAAGAUGUGUUAUUUCACCAGGCAGGUAAAGCCUGAACUACACCAUGACUGAUGGUAUUCCCUUGGUCUAUCCAACGGACUAACGAAUGGCUGGCCGGCUAUUCCACAAACAUCAGAUUCGCUGUACUGGGCCACAACUGUUCAGACCAAUCAGGAGGCAGAAGUGCACCAGUGUGGGGCCCUAAGCUACACUUGUCUCAUUUGAUUCUUUUGAAAUUACAUCUACUGUGUUAAAAAAUUUGUUUUUUUCCCAAACUGCUGCAGUUGACAUAUGCCAAACACAUCAUUUAAAUAGUUCUAGGUAUAAAACGAAACUGAAUUUUGUAUAACUUUACAGUAAUUUAGUUUAAUUUCAUUACAAUAAUUUUACAUCACUUAAUUAUAGUGUAAAAAAUUUAUGUAAAAAUAACUUUAAAGUGAUGUGUGAUUUUUUUGCAAUUGUGAUAGUAUCUUGAAGAAUAAAGUGUGUUUUUUUGUAUGGAAUAAGAUUAAUAUCGCUGUCUAUUUUGUGAAUAGUAUUUGGAUGUUUCAUUUGUCAUUAUUCUGUUUUUUAUUGUGGCUAUAUUUUUUACAAUACAAUAAUAUUUUUUUUCAUAAAAAUGAAUUCUAGCAUACAGUAAAUAUACAUACAAUGUAUAUUGAAAAUUAAUUAACAAAUAAUUUUACAAAUUGUGAACGUACGUACAUAAUAAAAUCUAAUUUA